AUGAAGUUGAUUGUAGCAAUAGGUUUGCUCUGUCUUGUGGCGGUGUACGCCAGGGAACUAGAUGAUGACCAAAAAGACUUGGUAACAGCCGCCAGCGGAAAAUCCCAUAAGCAUGAAGAAGGAGGUGGCAAGGAGCAUCACUCUCAUCACCAUCAUGAACACGGAGAAAAGGGACACAAGGGCCACAAAGGACACCAUCACCACCAUAAAGGAGAACAUGGUGAUCACGGAAAACACCACCACGCUGGGCAUCAUCAUGAGCACGGCGGUGGUCACAAAAAACACUGGGAUGAACACGACCAUCACGGUCAUCAUCACGAACAUGGACAUCAUCAUAAAGGCGAAAAACACGGCCAUAAAAAACAUCACGACAAGGGGGAGAAAACCGAUGGUUACCACAAAAAAUACCACAAGGACAGCUACCAUAAGGAUCAUCACUUCUACGAUGACCACCAUCAUGAAGGCAAGCACCACAAGCAUGGUAAACACCACGGCCAUCACGAAAAGCAUGGAGGAGACCACAAAAAGGGAGGUCAUCAUGAAAGUGGACAUCAUGAACACCAUCAUGGCAAGCAUGGUCAUCAUGACAAGCAUCAUUACGAUGAAGAUCACCACGGUCACAAGGGACACCAUGGACACGAAGAGCAUCAUCACCAUCAUCAUGACCACGGCAAGAAAGGUGGUCACGAGGACCAUAAGAAAUGGGGCUUCCAUCAUGGCAAACAUUAA